AUUUCCUGUCAAAUAAGUAUACUGCCUGUUAAAAUGUUUGUAUCUCAUUUCAGAUAAGGCCUUAAAAAUGGCCAUCAGACCUUUGAACAAGGACAAGAAAAUUGUCAAAAGGACAAAGAAAUUUAUCCGUCAUCAGUCAGACAGAUAUGUUAAACUGAAGCAAAACUGGCGUAAGCCAAAAGGUAUUGACAACAGAGUGAGGAGGCGUUUCAAGGGCCAGUAUUUGAUGCCAAAUAUUGGUUAUGGUACAGCCAAGAAACACAGACAUGUCAUGCCAGAUGGAUUCAAGAAAUUUCUGGUCCAUAAUGUUGCAGAACUUGAAGUACUUUUGAUGCAGAACAGAACAUUCGCUGCUGAGAUCGCACACAAUGUAUCAAGCAAAAAAAGAAAAGUCAUUGUGGAACGUGCACAACAGUUGGCCAUCAAAGUGACCAAUCCAAAUGCCAGGCUGCGUUCUGAAGACGACGAGUAAACUGGCUUUUUGUGUACAUAAAAAGAAAAAUAAAAGAAAAAAAUCCAG